GGUGAAUGUUCAGAUUGUUCAGUUUAAACUUCAUUUUUAUUCACUUGAUUGCCUUAUCGUCUGAUUUACACCGAGCUGUCGCAGAAGCCGAGCAUCAUCCAGUCUCAGAAUGGAGGCCCACGGUUCGACCCAGACUGUCUCCAGGAAGAGGAGAAGAGGCGAAGGAUCAAACGGAGAGGCCGAGGAGGCCGACAGGCCGGCCAAAUCCAAACGCUGCACCGUGGGUAUUAAAGAUCCCGCUCCCUACGCGGACGAGCUCGAGUCUUUGGAGGAGUUGCCGUAUAAACGCGUCACCAUGGAAGAGGCUCGCAGAGGCACACCACCCGACAGGCCGGUGAGAGUGUACGCCGACGGCAUCUUCGACAUGUUCCAUUCGGGACACGCCCGGGCCCUCAUGCAGGCCAAAAACCUCUUUCCCAACACGCACCUCAUCGUCGGGGUGUGCAGCGACGACCUCACGCACCAACUCAAGGGCUUCACCGUGAUGAACGAGGACGAGCGCUACGACGCCAUCACGCACUGCCGCUACGUGGACGAGGUGGUGCGCAACGCGCCGUGGACCCUCACGCCCGACUUCCUCACCAAACACAGGAUCGACUUCGUGGCUCACGACGACAUCCCGUACUCAUCGGCUGGAAGUGACGACGUCUACAAACACAUCAAAGACGCAGGCAUGUUCGCCCCGACGCAGCGCACCGAGGGCAUCUCCACCUCCGACGUCAUCACGCGCAUCGUCCGAGACUACGACGUGUACGUGAGGCGGAACCUGCAGCGCGGCUACACGGCCAAGGAGCUCAACGUCAGCUUCAUUAACGAGAAGAAGUACCACCUGCAGGAGCGCGUGGACAAGGUGAAGCAGAAGGUGCGAGACGUGGAGGAGAAGAGUAAGGAGUUCGUGCAGAAGGUGGAGGAGAAGAGCAUCGAUUUGAUCCAGAAGUGGGAGGAGAAGUCGCGCGAGUUUAUCGGAAACUUCCUGCAGAUGUUCGGGCCUGAGGGAGCGCUGAAGCACAUGCUGAAGGAAGGAAAGGGCCGCAUGCUGCAGGCCAUCAGCCCGCGCCAGAGCCCGAGCAGCAGCCCCACCCGCGAGCGCUCGCCCUCGCCGACCUUCCGCCUGCCCUUCUUCACCAAGACCUCGCCGCCCGCGUCGCCCGGGAGCAAGCGCGCCCGCUACACCAUCGCCGCCCUGGGCCAGAACAUCAGCGAGGACGAGGACGAGGAGGACGACAACCUUUAAAAACCCGACGCCGCCCGACCAUCCCGUAAGCGUGGCGGAAAUCUCCACUUCCCGCAGCCACAGGGCGUCGCCGGUCACGCGCGGCUCUUUGUUUAGCAUCCUGUGGCGUCUAGUUCACGUUUGCCCGGCUGCGAGACGGCAUUACAGGACACCGGUGUGCCCGGUCUGAGAAGCCGUGCUGUUUUUAUUCUUCUCUCAGUAUAGACGCUCAGAUUUAUUCUUUAUUUCUUUUAAAUCAGGUCCUGACUUUGUUCUAACAGUUUCACUGGUGUGUACUUUCCCUUUUUAAUUCAUUUUAUUGGGAUUUUAUUUACUUUUAUCGGGAUAAUAAUAUUUUAAUAAUAUUACUACAUGGAUAAAUGUAUUAGGACACCACUUCUAACUUUUAAAUUCACGUGCUUUAGCCACUACAGUUGAUUACAUACAGUAAAUUACAUGCUUCUGACUUUGCAGCAACAGUUUAGGGAAGUUAAAUUAAAUCCAGCAGCGGUGCCUGGCGUGUUGUCUGGACACGUGUUCAUCAUUUGGCCGUUCCGAUGCCUCUUCGUUGUUGUCUACAGUAAAUGGGAAGGUUAGACACUACUUGUAAUGCUUAUAGCUUUAUUAUUUCAUCAGCAGCACCGCCCCGCCUGUCUGUACUAUAACAUAGAGGAGUAUUUAUGUACUGUUCCUUUUUUUAACGUUGUGAGACACACAGUCCACUUAUUUUUUGGUUAUACUGUGGAGUCUCUACAUGUCUGUUAGGUCACGGUCAGUGUGGGCGAUCCGAUCAUAAGUGGAUAGCAGGGACGGAUCAUCAUUUGUAGCCUCUUUUAUAAUGUAUAUUUUAUUUUUCUGUGGCUAAGUGCUUUCCACACGCGUAAUUACCUCUUUUAUGUAUAUCUUAGGGUUAUAUAUGUUCGUUUAAUGUCCUUGUUACCUAUGAAUAAGGAGCGUUUGACUACUCACCAGAAAAAUCUUUGUCUUAUAACCACUUAGAAUUAAGAUUCUGCAGCUAGCUAAUCUUGAUAAACGUACCAGUGUAAUGAGCUGUGGGACGCCACUCGUUAAUGAAGACUAACAUGUAAAGAACCUAUGAAUAAAACUCACCUCCUCCUGCAUAAACUGCUCUAUAUAAAACGUUUGGUGUCCGUGCGUGUCCCUGACCACCUCCGAAUUUCCAAGGAGCAUCCUGGCGCCAGGUUUAACUCGGGCCGAAUUUUUGGAUGCUGUAGCCCCCUGUAGUUUGUCGAGGGCGGAUUCAACUCCCACUGUGUGAAUAAGCUGCUGGCUGGGGUGUAUACGUACCUGCAGCCCUUUAGUGCACAGGGAUGUCGAUCGUACUCUUUCUUACCUACUUUAACAGCAACACGUAUUUCGUUUUAGUUUCGAGGUCGCGUGAAUAUCGAAUGAAAGUAUUGCAACCGAACGUGUUCAAAGCUGGAACCUCUCUGGGGGAGCUAGAGCAGCAUCAUUAACCUGAAGGUGCUUUUUUAUUACUCCUAGAAUUUAGGGUAUACAGGUAAGAACUAGGGGUUCAGUCGGAACUCACCUAACGGAGUGAUCGUGUGUGAAGAUCUUGUGUGAUAUGUAGAGCUACUGUAAUAGCCUCCGUCUGACUGCACAAGCUAAACGGAUCUGGACGUUUCUGAUGUUUAUUUCCUUCUCCUGUCCGCUCAGCUUUCUGUAUGUCUGAGAAACAGAAUAAAUCAGUCUAACACGGAAAAGCUGUUGAUUUUAUAUAAGCUGUAUAAAACAUA